AUGAAGUUUAAAGAAAGCUCAGAAAGAAAUUCAGGGUCAGAAGUCCUCGGAAGAGCGAAAGGGGGGUUCCCUCUUCCCGGGACAAAGCCCCAGGAUGUAGGGAGUGCAGGAAGUGCUGUAUCCGGGUGCGUGUCCUCCGGCGGCACCGGGGCGGCGUGGGCUGCGCCUCCAAAAGAAACGGGGGGCGGUAGGGGUGAAAGAAAGGCGCGUCGGUGGCCAUUCAAACGCAAGGGAGGAAACGCCGGCGAGGAACUGUCUCCGUUUUCCACCCGAAGUCGGGCUAGCGAAGAAUUCCUUCCGCUGCCACAGCCUGCCCGGGGCCACCAGCCCGGCCGGACUGGCCACCGAGCACCAUGCCUCACCUCUGCCCGGGCGCGCGCCCGCUCUCCACCAUGUGCACGCAGCGGGCGAGGGAGUGGGGGGCAAUGCCCAGGUCCUUCCCUCCCGGUGGGCCUAGCUCCUCGGACCCGGGAGCGGCGCGCGCACACACCUGUUCCCGAAACCCCAAGGCAGCAGGGCCCACCCCGGGGGUGCCCCCCGCUCCAGCUCCCGAAACACCCACCUCGCCCGGAAAGCCCGGCAGACGGCGCUCCUCUCCAAGGCCCUUCCGAACUCCCGCACCCCCGUCCUCAGCCCCGGAUCCGGAUCCGGCUUGCAGCUACAGCCCCACCUCCUCCCGAGCCACAGUCGCCACCUCGGCAGCCACUACGCGAGCGGGGUCCAGGACGUGGCACCGCCAACGCCUCCAGCCCGCCCCUGCCCGCUGACGCAGGGCGGCGCGCGCGCGGGCGGGGCGGGGGCGCAGGCGCGGCGGGGGCGGAGCGGGCCGAGGGCCGGGGCCGGCCCCGCGUCAGCGUCUCGGCUGCGGCCCGGCCCUCCCGGGCUCCACCCCACAGAGGCGCAGCCCCGGGGACGCGGGACCUCGCUCUGCGGGUGCAAGUAAGUCCGAUCUGGAGCCAGCCGCUAAGCGCUCCUUAG